AUGGGGAAGCGAUCUGGCGGCAGGAAGCUGCCGUUCUUCGGCUCAUCCUCGUCCUCCAACAGGAGGUCCCGCUCUGCACGCCGCCUCCCCUCCCUCCCCAAGCCCCGCGCGGCGGCGGCUCCUCCCGCCUCGCCGGCCCCGGCCCCUCCCGCCUCGCCGGCCCCGGCCCCGACCGCCGCGGCGGGGCAGGCCGCCCAGCCGCCUCCUCCCCUCGCCCCCGCCACUGCCGCGGGCAGCGGGGGGGUCGUGUCGGGGAAGGUCGGCAAGAAGAAGGCCGGCGCGCGCCUGUGGAUGCGACUGGACCGGUGGGGCGCCUCCGAGAUUGUCGAGCUCGACAAGGCCUCCAUCAUCCGCCGCGCCGGCGUGCCCCCGCGCGACCUCCGCGUCCUCGGCCCCGUCUUCUCCCACGCCUCCAACAUCCUCGGUAGAGAGAAGGCGAUGGUGAUCAACCUCGAAUUCAUCAGAGCGAUAGUUACGGCCGAGGAGGUCCUCCUAUUGGACCCUCUCGCGCACGAGGUGCUCCCUUUCGUUGACCAAUUGAGGCAGCAUCUCCCUCUAAGGAGUCUUGUGAGUAGGAAUGGUGAAUGUGCCGGUGAUGGCCAUCGGGAAAAGCAGGACGGCUCACCUGGAGGUCAGGUGCCCUGUCUUAAUGCGGCGACCGGGGCGGAGCACGAGCUGCCAUUCGAGUUCCAGGUACUGGAGGUCGCCCUCGAGGCCGUGUGCUUGGCUCUGGACUCGAGCGUGGUUGAUCUUGAGAGGCACGCUACUCCGGUGCUUGAUGAGCUGACCAAGAAUGUGAGCACAAGGAACCUCGAGCGUGUGCGGAGCCUCAAGAGUGAUCUUACCCGUCUGCUUGCCCGUGUGCAGAAGGUCAGAGAUGAAAUAGAACAUCUUCUGGAUGAUAACGAAGAUAUGGCACAUCUGUAUCUAACAAGGAAGCAAGUACAAAACCAGCAGGUUGAGGCUAUAAUGUCAUCUGCUGCUUCCAAUAGCAUUGUUCCUGCCAGAGCAAGUCUGGCCAGGCUGAACUCUAGCUUUUGGCACAGCGUGAGCAUUGCUACAAGUAUGCAUUUGGACAAUGAUGUAGAAGACCUUGAGAUGUUGCUUGAGGCUUACUUCAUGCAGUUGGAUGGAAUACGCAACAGAAUUUUGUCGGUUCGGGAGUAUAUUGAUGACACAGAAGACUACGUGAACAUUCAGCUUGACAACCAGCGUAAUGAACUCAUUCAGCUCCAGCUUACGCUGACCAUUGCAUCCUUUGGCAUAGCUGCCAACACUUUCAUAGUUGGGGCUUUUGCGAUGAACAUCCCAAGCUCUCUGUACAACAUCACCGACGGCAGCCUCUUUUGGCCAUUUGUUGGGGGCACCUCAUCGGGUUGCUUCAUAAUCUUCAUCGUCUUGUUAGGCUACGCCUGGUGGAAGAAAUUGCUGGGUCCUUGAACCAGUAGUGAAGGCAGCCCAUGUGGGAGAGCCUUGUCAUGGUGGCAGAAAUGGAGCAUUCAUUCUAAGGAUCGAGUAGAGCCGUGGGAAUAGCGAAAACAAAUCUGGUAUAUGAUGUCUCAUGAGUAGUAAAUAAGUACACUGUAAAUUUUCUUUGUCAUAAAUUACACGACGAGAUGAUGUUGUGAUCAUACGCUUUCACGUUAACAUUAACAGAUGUAGCUCUUGCUGGCAAUGAAAAAUUGUUAUGAAA